AUGUGUAUUUCUCAAGCAAGGUAACACAAGAAAACCGCGAAAGAAGAAAACACCAUUAGAGAGGAGUAAGUGAGAAGAUGGCUGACCGUUUGCUGUUCCACUUGUUUAUCCUUGGCUCUCUCUCAUUCUCUGCAAUAAUAAUCUCUGAAGCUUCCCAGUGUUCCAUUAAUGGAUUACCACUGGUCAGGAAUAUCAGUGAGAUUCCACAGGAUAACUAUGGAAGAGGAGGUUUGUCCCAUAGUACUGUAGCAGGUUCAGUCUUGCAUGGGAUGAAAGAGGUUGAAGUGUGGCUUCAAACAUAUGCUCCAGGAUCCCGAACGCCAAUCCAUAGGCAUUCCUGCGAAGAAGUGUUUGUUGUCCUGAAGGGAAGUGGCACUCUCUAUCUUGCGCCAAGUUCACACAUGAAGUACCCUGGAAACCCACAAGAGUUCUCUAUUUUUCCGAAUAGCACAUUUAACGUACCUGUUAAUGAUGCUCACCAGAUCGCAAAUACUGAUGAACGCGAGGAUUUGCAAGUACUUGUUAUGAUUUCUCGCCCUCCAGUCAAAGUGUUUAUAUAUGCUGACUGGUUUAUGCCUCACACUGCGUCAAAACUGAAGUUUCCAUAUUAUUGGGAUGAACAAUGCCUCCAACCACCACCCCAAAAGGAUGAACUAUAACAUUGAGACGCCUCUUGUGAGGGACUCCAAAACACUGGAAAAUAUUGAUUUCACAGUUAUACCUUGACAGAAAUUGUACAAUUUCAAAGAAAACCUUGGAUUGCAUUUAUUCUGGAAUUUUCUUCAACUAAACCUAUUUCCAUGCCAAAUAAUAAAAUGUGAGAGUUCUUUUUCUUUUUCUUUUUCUAUUGGGCAAUUGGAGCAACUAUUCUUCUACUGCAUAAUUUGGUUUGGUUGUGACAGUUAUUAAAUGGGAGUAGAUGUUUUAUAUUCUUUCCCAAAACAAAACACACAUAUCACAUACAAUUCCAAAACAGAUUA